CAAAGGAAGCCCGCCCGGACCCUCCUCUGCUCAGCCGCCUUCCCGCCUAGCAUAACGGGACAUUGAGAGGGGCGGUGCUGAAGAGAAGCCGCCCCACGGAAGGUGAGAAACUGGCCCCUCUUUCUCGCCUGCCUCCCCUCGGAAACUUAUGGGGCAGCGGCCCCCCGGAGGACCCAGAGAGGCAGCUUCCAACCUAGCUGCAGGGAGGCGGCCGAGGCCCCAGCGGGACCUUGCGAAGAGAGGCGCCAAGAGAGGGGACGCUGCGCGCGCGGAGGACCGAUUUUGCAAGCGGGAGCACCUUGCGGGAGCAGCCGGGCGCCCUGGAGAAGUCAACGUAAGAUAUUUUCAUGUCUGAUUACUGGAAGUUUAUCUUCUGCAAGGAAACUGGGAGCUGCAAUUGUUUUACAAAAGACAGCCAGCCUAAUGAAGGGAAAGAAGACUCAGACCAUCGCAUUGUGGUGUCAGACAUCAUCCGGCUUGUGCAAGAUAAGGAGAAGGAGCCGGCGAUACAACCAGAUGAAAUCAUGCAUCAAGAUAUCAUUCCACUUUGUGCUACAGAUAUUGAGGAUCAGCUGAGGAAGAAGUUUGCCUAUCUGUCAGGUGGGCGAGGGAGAGAUGGCUGCCCUGUCAUUACUUUUCCAGAAUAUUCAGCUUUCAGUGACAUUCCAGAAAAGGAUUUUCAGAGUGUUUUGACAUACCUCACCAAUAUACCAAGUGCACAAGAUGCUGGGAUUGGAUUUAUACUUGUCAUAGACCGCAGACAAGACAAAUGGACGUCGGUGCAAGCUUCUAUACUACGAAUUGCGGCAUCAUUUCCAGGAAACUUGCAGCUAGUUCUGGUGUUGCGCCCAACAGGAUUCUUCCACAAAACUCUACUGGAUAUUGCAUUCAGAUUCCAUAGAGAUGAGUAUAAGAUGAAGAUCAUAAUGCUGAGCUCGCUGACAGAAUUAAAUGGCUAUAUUGACAAAGCACAGCUUACAGAGGAGCUUGGUGGAACACUGGAUUAUUGCCACAACAGGUGGCUGUCUCAUCGCACUGCUAUAGAAAACUUUGCUCUAAUGGUUAAGCAAACAGCUCAAGCACUUCGGUCCCUGGGAACUGAGCUGGCAGAAACAGAACUACCAAAUGAUGUGCAGUCCACCAGUUCCCUCCUGACAGUUCACACUGAAAGAAAAGACAAAAUGAAGGAGGAUCUCAGGAUAGCAUUAAUACAAGGUGAAGACAUUCUCAAAAGUAUUAAAAAACCAGUUCUUGAUAACCCAGAGUACAAAAUGAAUCCGGAUCAACUUGAAAAUCAAAUCACUGUGGAGAGGCUUCUAGCUCAGCUGGAUGAAACAGAAACAGCCUUUGAUGAUUUUUGGUCUAAACACCAACAGAAACUUGAGCAGUGCUUACAACUUAGGCAUUUUGAAUUGCAUUACAAGGAGGUUAAAGCAGCACUAAAUAUUGCAUCUGAGAGGCUUUCUAGUUUCACGGAUGUGGGAAAUAGUUGUUCGCACGUGGAACACAUUCUGAAAGAACUUUCCCAUUUUGAAGAAAAGUUGCAUGAUGUUUUGGAAAAGGCAAAUAUGCUAAUUUCUGAAGGUGGACAGUUAAUACAGAACAAUCAUUAUGCUGUGGACUCUAUUCUCCCGAAGUGCAAUGAACUUCAGCAUCACUGUGAAACACUUAAUGUUGAAAGUAACAACAAGAAGGUUUUCCUGGACCAGUCCCAUGAUUUACAUAUCCAGUUGGAAAAGUCCAUGAAGUGGUGUGAUGAAGGAAUUUACCUGCUGGCUUCGCAGCUUGUAGAUAAAUGCCAGUCCCAAGAUGGAGCAGAAUCAGCUUUACAGGAGUUGGAGAAAUUUUUGGACACUGGUGCCGGCAAUAAGCUUAAGGAGCUGAAUUACUUGUACAAAGAAUAUGAAGCCAUCCUUACCCAGGAAUUAAUGGAGCAUGUGCAGAAAGUAUUUCAGAAGCAGGAGAGCAUGGAAGAAAUGUUUCAAAAGAGACAAGUCAGUCUUAAGAAACUGGCUGCUAAGCAGAUGCGGCCAGUUCAACCAGUGGCUCCUAGGCCAGAAGUCUUUGUAAAAUCACAGUGUACAUCUCCAGGCCUUCAAAGAGAAUCUGAAGACUCAUCCAGCCCAGAAAGUCACAUGAUCCAGAGAGUGAACUACAGAAGAACCAAGAGUGAAAUGAGUGAAAUUCAUCAAACCAGAGGUGGAUCAGUGAUGGAUGAUGAUGAAAAUCUAGCUGUGUUACGGAAACAUGUAAUUAAUGAACUUAUUGAAACCGAACGAGUUUAUGUGGAAGAACUUCUAUGUGUUCUUGAAGGGUACGCUGCAGAAAUGGACAACCCCUUAAUGGCACAUCUUAUUUCGCCAGGGCUGCAGAAUAAGAAAGAUGUUUUGUUUGGAAACAUGGAAGAAAUCUAUCACUUUCACAACAGAAUAUUCUUGAGAGAACUCGAAAACUACAUAGAAUAUCCAGAAUUGGUCGGAAGGUGUUUCCUUGAAAGGAUGGAAGACUUCCAGGUUUAUGAAAAAUAUUGUCAAAAUAAGCCUCGAUCUGAAAGUCUGUGGAGACAAUUCUCAGACUGUGUUUUCUUUCAGGAGUGUCAGAGAAAACUUGACCACAAGCUGAGUUUGGACUCGUAUUUACUGAAACCCGUUCAAAGAAUAACCAAGUAUCAGCUAUUGCUAAAGGAAAUGUUGAAAUACAGCAAAAAUUGUGAAGGUGCUGAAGAUCUUCAAGAGGCAUUAAUGUCCAUCGUGGGGAUUCUUAAAGCAGUUAAUGAUUCCAUGCAUCAGAUUGCCAUCACUGGCUAUGAGGGAAACCUAAAUGAUCUUGGAAAGCUUUUAAUGCAAGGUUCAUUUAGUGUGUGGACUGAUCAUAAAAAGGGUCACUCGAAAGUGAAAGAUCUGGCACGGUUCAAGCCAAUGCAAAGGCACCUCUUUCUCCAUGAAAAGGCCAUCUUAUUCUGUAAGAAGAGAGAAGAAAACGGAGAAGGAUAUGAAAAAGCACCUUCAUACAGCUAUAAGCAUUCCUUAGAUAUGACUGCAGUUGGAAUAACUGAGAAUGUUAAAGGGGAUGCUAAAAAAUUUGAAAUCUGGUAUAAUGCAAGGGAAGAAGUUUACAUAAUUCAGGCUCAAACCCCCGGAAUCAAAGCCACAUGGGUAAAUGAAAUAAGAAAAGUAUUGACUAGUCAGCUCCAGGCAUGCAGACAAGCCAGCCAGCAUAGAAUUCUUGAACAUACACACAGUUUACCUCUGCCUACAUCAUCUAAUGCAAGCCCCUCAAGAAAUCAAGGAAGGAAUACCAAAAGAAAGGAAGAAAGUCCUGAUGGUUGCAUCACCUCAGCAUCACCAAAGUAUCCUGAAAGAGGCAAAGCUUCUCCUACCAGCCCUGACAAAAAUAUUAAACGACAUGAAAUAAAGAGCGAUCCAACUCCUUUGGGUUUGAAAGGUUGGUGUAAAACACCUCAGUCCCUUGAUGCUUCUGAAGAAAAUGAUGGCUGGUCUAGUGCUGAGGACCCUCUUAAUUCCUCAGAUGCAGAGGAAGAAGGAAGAGAAGAAAAAAAGCUGACUCCUGGUAAAUACACUGUUGUAGCUGAUUGUGACAAAGGAGGUUCUGAAGACCUGAAGCUGAAAAGUGGAGACUUAGUCCAACUGACCCAUGAAGGAGACAAUGGGCUUUGGUAUAUUAAGAAUUUGAGCACGAGUAAAGAAGGCUGGUUCCCAGUUAAUAGCCUUUUGAUGAUUCUUGGAAAUUCCAAAUCUGCUGUGUCUCUAAGCAGUUCAGAAUCUGCAGCUGGUUCAAAUACACUGAGCUCAUCUUCAAGCUACAGUGAAAGUUGCAAUAUUAGUAGCACCAGCUACUCGGACAUUAAGACAUAACACCAAAGCUCUAUCAAGACUCCUAUGAAGUUAUCUGGUAAUGCAAGUAUUGGGAAAUUAGAUGAAAUACAGAAGCCUUGGAUCUGGGUUUCUUUCUUUGUUUAAAUGGUAGUUUACAAACUCUUCUUAAGAGACCCAAAUGAACAUCUAUGGAAUUCGUCAAGCAUGUGGAGCAGUAGGAAGGAUUGUUGGAAUGAAAAUUGCAUGUUGGGAAUGUAUCGUUUUGCUAGAAUUCAUUGCACCUUGCUGUUGAUGGUGUGGGGAACUAAUAUGAAGAGUCAGAUUGUAUUUGUUGGUAUAAAUCUGUACAAUGAAACCAGUACGAAUGGUUGAAAGAAAAAAAAAAAGAAAAAUGAUUGUAAAGAGAAGCCUCAUGUGGUAGAUAUAUAAUAUAUGGAAGUUCUUAUACCAUCAGGGGAUUCAGUUUUGAUCUGGAUAUUCCUUCUGACUAUUUUUUGACCACUGUGCUUUACAUUUAUAAAUUUUGUCACAAGCAAAGCUGUGGAAAAAAAACCAGUUCCACUUUUAACCAACACAGUACUUUACAAAAUAUACUCUGUAACAAUGGCCUUUUGAAAGAGUUUUUUAAAUCACUGAAAACAAAUUCUGAUAAAUGUUUACAGAACACUGGCUAUUUGAUAAAUACUUUGAUAAAAACAAAUCCUAUUUUUUUAAUUAUGAAGAAAAACACUAAAAAGUUAUGUUGUAUAAAUUACUUCCUCUCAGAUCCAUCUUACAAAUUCAUUUACAUCAAGAUGGAUUCUCUUAUAUUUCACUUCUGAAUUCACAUAGAAGUCAUGCAGUUUGUAUCUCAUUCAUAUAUUAUAUAAUGAAAUGCCACUUGGGAAUGAGUGCUUGACUUUCAGUGCUUAGUUAAGCUAGGCAAUUGCGAUGUAGCAAGAAACAAUGAAUUUGGCCUUUUGCUUCCUGAAGUAUAAACAGUGUCCAUAAGGGAAUUAAUGGUUCCAAACUCUAGAAGCAAAUCUGAGCUCACAAUUUACAAUCAAGCUAUGACUGACCUGGUCAGUGAAAUUUUUUAUAUGUAUUUGUCUGUUCAUAUGUAUGUGUGUAUGUAAAAAGAUGUAUUUAUACUCUUUAGGCGGCUGAAAAUGCCAUUAUGUAAUUAGAAUUCUUUGAAAUGUGAACGCUGGCCAUGGUUUCAGUUUAAUCCCAAUUUCUGUCACAGGAUGAUUCAUCUUUUCAAAUUAUAUUACGCAAGCAAGGCUGUUCCAGUGAAGACACAGCCUGAUCUGUUGUGAUCAUUAAAAUAGCAAUAGUCUUUGUAACUUAUUUUGUAAAUACAAGUAUUACAAAAAUACUCAUCUGUAUUGCUCCAAAAGUUGUUCUUUAAUGAAACACUGGAUGCAACCCCGAUGGUCUGAAUGUGCACCGUUGCACCUAUGGGACUUUCUGCAUAUUCCUGCCAUUCCAUGUAGGGAGCAUGACAAACAAUAAGCUACUCUUUUGUAGAGUCUUUUUUUUUUAAAGCAGUUUAUUAAUUCUCUGUCUUGGGCAAAGGGGAAGUACUGGAGAAGGAGGACUGUGGAGCAAACCCUUGUCUCAAGUCCUUGUGCCUUUUCACCUAGCUCCUGACAAUGUCUUCUCCCAUAGUCACAGGAAUCAUGUUAUCAUUGCACUUUAAUAUAGCCCACAUUUCAAUUUUCUACUGCUGUUGUAAAUUACUGUUACAGAAUCAGUGUCUUUAAUGUAUGUAUGAAACUUUGAAUAAAUUUCAGCAUUUCGUGCUGGGUCUCACAACA